GAUUUCCGUGAAAAGCAGACUAGAGGGUUUUCGUAAUUCUAGUUCAGAGGCAGCAUUUGUUUUUGGACAGCAGGUCAUCUUUUAUAUGGUUGGUCUCACUAAUGCGAUUGGUUCAUUUUUGUGUGACUUGCGUUUCAGAUCAUAUCAACACCCGCAGGAGUCAUUGACACUGAAUGCAAUUUGUGCGCUUUGAACACAAUAUCACUAUGGAAGGAAAUACCGCUUUAGAUCAUAUACUAGCCACCUUACGAAGUGGCGAUACCGGUGGUAUCUGGCAACAGAAAGAUAAUCCUGACGUUCAAGCGCUGUUGCUUUCAGCAUUGACUGCGGCAAAGUCAGCCGGCGUGCCUCCUUCAAACGAUUCUCAGAGUGCCGUCUCUCUGCAUGAAAUUGAGAAACGGAAGUACGAUUCACUAGACAAUGGCGACUUUACAAAAGAUUCUCCUGACAGUGGCAGUGCAUCGAGCGAUAACGGAACAACCUCUAGUAAAGAGAAAAACUCUUUAGCAUAUAAAUCCAGAAAACCUGGCAGAAAGCCAUUGGUUGAAAAGGAAACAGAGGUUGCGGAUGAUCCAAAAUCCAAACGUAAAGCUCAAAACCGAGCAGCUCAACGAGCGUUUCGUGAGCGUAGGGAGAAUCGAGUGAAGGAGCUGGAAGACCGGAUAAAAGAACUGGAGAAACGAGCAUCCGAACCGCCGUCCGAACAACUGAAAAAGGAGAACGAAAAACUUAAAGACGUUAUCAAACGACUGCAGGCUGAAAAUGCCAUUCUCAAUGGAGCCGCGGCUUCUUUUGAUUUCCCUUUGUCGAAGCUCGGUGAACUCGUCGAUCAGACCAAUGUGCGUCCGCAGAAAUUAAUGAAAUCUUCCGUCGAACCACUAUUUUCAUCUCCAGAUUCCGACUCGUUUUCGUCUCCUUACUAUACACACGACAGCCCGAAUUCGUCCAAAAGCGACACACCCGAAACCUACCGUGCUGGGUCAACAUCAUCGUUCUCUACCGGUUUCUCUGCAGAGUUACUGGGCUUUGAUCGCGACAGUACCAAUGCUUUGAAUGCGUUUGCAUACGACGCAGAUCAGUUGCUUGGUACCAGUGGUUUGGUUCAUUCGGGGGCUGAGAUCAAUUACGAUAACAAACCAGAGGCUCUCCUCAAUUAUGGCGAUCCGCUAGCCAAUUCCAUAUAUACCGAAACACCGGUGCCGCUGGUCUUUGACGAUAACUGGAAUCAAUUCAAUGACUAUGCCCUGAACAACAGCACCUUCAAGGACAUUCAAUCCACGCCUUUGGACAGCAAACAAGUUCAGCCAUCGACCGAAUGCAAUCAAGCAUCCGCGAACAAAGCUGAGGAGCCACCUUCAAUAACAAAGACAUGGGAAAAGCUAAUGGAGCAUCCUCGCUACGAGGAAUUCGAUAUCGAUGUGCUCUGCGAAGAAAUGAAGAAAAAGGCAACCUGCACCUCUUUAUCACAUGACCAGCACCUUGAGCAGACGUUGGAAAAGAUGUAUCCGGUGAAUCAGGACUAGGAAUAUAGUCAAUCAAAGCGUAUUUAAUCGUUCUUCAAUCCUUUUGUUCUUGAAUAAAAUCUCUUCUUUUUUUUUUUUU